GAAAAAAAAUGCAGGAAAGUAAAACAAAAACAAAAAGCUUGUGAGGGAGGUAAAAUAGAGUGAGAGUAAUCAGUCAGACAGCUAAAGACUGCUAGACUUACAAGGCCUGGCAAGACCGUCAGGUUUGGUGGUAGUCAAAGCAGGCGCAGACCGACAUACAUUUAGACAGUCAGACCGAUAGGCAGAGAGAUACAAAACAAACCAGGCAUGCUUUCGUAGUCGCCGAAUUAUACAGUUUAGUUAUCUUUUUUUUUUUUGACUCAACUCAUUCAUGGAAUCUCUCAGUUGGACUCCGUUCUCGUACUAUUAGCAUACAUGCAUGUUUCAAUCUAUUUAUCCGUCUCUUUAUCACAACCAUCAUCAGCAUCAUCAGCGACAGCAAAACAAUCAAUAGGCACAACAACAACAACAGUAAAAGCAUCGCCAUCAUGCUACCUUCCAUGAUGUUCUCCGCGCGGCCCCUGGUCGCUGUUAUAUUGUGGACAUUACAAUACGGAUCUUCUGCUUACGCCUUGGGUACGUGUCCGGGACAGUGUCGGUGCAACCGUGUGCAAGUGCAGAAAGUUAGCGGAAAUAAUGACUUUAUAUACAGAACGCUUUCCAGUAACGCUCAUACCAUUCAAAAUUAUUUUCAACACCCCCAACACAAUUGUAUAAUCAGCUACAAAAUGCCACACUUCGGACGCUUAAGGCUUUACACUGGCCAUGGAACCAACGCGGAUAACUGGAACAGACUCCAUUGGACGGAGGUCAGAAAGUAUUGGCAUAGAACACACUCGCUUCGACAGAUGACACAAUACAAGAAUGAUAUGAAAAUCUAUAAUGAAACUAGAUCACGUGUUCAUAUGCAACAGAGUGGUCGAUAUCGAUACGGUACCGAUCUAAUGUGUGUUGGAAUCAGAGAUUUACCGACAUCAUUACCUACAGAUGUCAUUCGUCUGUCUGUCUACGGUGAAAUUCGACACCCAGUAUUUGAUUCGGAGCUGGCACGUGAGCAAAGCUAUUCUAGUCUUCAGCUACCAUCUAAACCAAAAGACGUUAGCGCUGGAUAUCUAACACAAAUUGACGCAUCAAGUUUUCGGAGAGCUCCCCGACUGCAAGAUCUAGCUCUGGUAGGAAAUAGAAUCCGGUUCCUCAGUCCACAUUUGUUUCAAAACAUUACCGAAUUAAUCAAUCUCAACUUACGAAAGAACAAUAUCCAAUAUUUAUCCAGUGCAGCAUUACAAGGUCUUCCAAAUUUACAAGAAAUUCGUCUUUCUAAUAACAAAAUUGCUUAUAUCAAUGGGAGAUUCUUUCAAUGGACACGAAAAAUAGUCGAAAUCUAUCUGGACACUAAUCGAAUAAGUAGAAUAUAUAGCGGUUUAUUUAAUUCUUUGCGGUUUUUGGAAGUGGUUGAUCUGUCGCGGAAUAAUCUAAAUGAUAUGCCAAGGAACGUGUUUUACCAAAACAGUAAAUUGAAGGUCAUUCGUUUGGAUAACAAUCGUUUAAAAUUAUUGCGGCCUGAAUGGUUCCGAAACUUGCAGAAUCUAGAGGUCCUUUCAUUGAAGGGUAAUCGUUUUUGGGUUCUACCAAAUGAUAUGAUUUCGAGACCGAAUGCCUUACGUGAGCUCUACUUGUCUCAUAAUUUCUUAUCGAAUUUGAACAAAACUUUCUUUGAUAACUUAGAGCACUUGGAAACGAUUGAUCUUUACAGUAAUAAGAUUACCAAAUUACCAUUCCGCUGUUUUGAUCGCCAGUAUAAACUGAAGAACCUGAAUCUAGCAGACAAUUUCAUAUCGAAUUUAGACUCAAUGCCGUUUUAUAGAGUAUCCACGCUUGAAGAACUCAAUCUCUCUUUAAACUGGCUCGAAAAUAUCUCAAAAGGUCUGUUUUCUUCGACCAUCUCUCUGCUGAGGAUUAAUCUCAGCUUUAACAAGUUGCCUGCGAUUUACAACGAUAGUUUUUUAGGCUUAACUCACAUGAGGGAACUGAAUUUAGCCAAUAAUUCUAUAAGACAUCUUGAUGCCAGGGCCUUCAGCGUAGGAAAGUUGAACCAGCUUUCUCAACUGACAUGGUUGAAUCUCCAGUUUAACCAAAUCGGAGAGAUUUUACCUCAAGUCUUCCAUGAGUCACCACAUUUGAAAUUUCUCAACAUCGGACACAACAGAAUACGGGCUCUUCAUAAUGACACGUUCCAACAAAUGCCGUAUUUGAGUACAUUGCUUUUAAACAACAACGAGUUAGAAAGACUGACCGUUGGGCAGUUUCAUAUACAGAAAUCACUCACUCAUCUAAAUCUAGCGAAGAACAGAUUACGUUCUUUGGAAGAAGGAAUUUUCUCUGGAUUGGGCAAUCUUCAAAAAGCCGUCUUUACCUUUAACCAAAUAAGCAGUAUUGGUGAAAAAACAUUCGAAGACACACCGAAUUUAUUUCGAUUUGAAUUUGCUAAUAACAAGCUUUCAACAUUCAACUUUGAUAUCUUAGCUCCAAUGCGCAGACUCCACUACGUUGAUCUGAAUCGAAACAUGUUAACAUCCUUGAAGGAAACGAAACGGCGUGAUAUUUUCAUAGUGUAUUUGUCAUUGGCUGCAAACGAAUUGGUGACUUUAGAAAAAAGUAUCCUCCGUGUGCUGGUUCCUGGCGCUUCGGUUGUUCUAUCGGACAACCCCCUUGAUUGUGAUUGCAAACUACGCUGGUUACGUGAAUAUGUACAGAAAAAACAAUUGCUCCUAAGUUUCAGUGAACAAACACUUUGUAAAAUGCCAAGAAAUGUAACAGGCUUAAAGAUGAUGUCCCUGAAUCCACAAGACUUCAAAUGUGUACCCAUACUUUAUAGUUCUGCUGAUCAGAACAGCAUGAUCGUCAUAAACAAUUUAAACAAAGUAAACAGUCGUUCUAACGAUGCCAGUAUAAAAGGCAAUGUAAAUGACGGCCAGAAAGCGAUGCGGCGUACUGACAAUGUUGCUAAGCAACAUCGAAAUGCCGUUAACCUCCAAAAGGACCCCAGAAGCAAUAAUGUCAGUUACAAAGAAAGAUCUGGUGCAGCAUUCAGUUUAUCCGAAGAUCUGCUCGUUAAAUCAAAUAAAAGUAGUUCUACAACUACCAAAGAAUCUCCAAGAUCGCUCCAGUGUACGGUGCCUUUAGCCAAUGUGAACUUUAACCGCAAAGGAUUUCGGAAAUUCAAGGCUGAGCUGUUCCACUUCCAUGCGACGGUGAUCGAUUCCUUUGGCCAAAUUGUUUGUAAUGGACACUCAUUAUCGCCCACUUGGAUCCUUACAACACUCUCUUGCAUUCGCUCAUUAAUGACCACAUCUAGUGACAACACGGGCAGUUUCCCUAUAAAUACACAAGUCAGAAUUGGGCACGGUCACCCGAGAGAGAUAAACAAGGUUAUUGUCCAACCAGGCAAUGGUUCACUGGCUUUACUUCGGGUUCACAGUAAUUCGUCUUUCCAGGAUGAACAUCGUAUUGGUGACGUGUGUCUGAUGAAUAAAACCGACUUCUCUAUCGUUACAAAAACACUCAAGACCGGAGCUUUUACUGCGAAUGUCGACGGUCGUAAGUCAGGCUCGAAACUGAAAGCCGUCCGUGCCAAAUACAGCCCUGCAUUUUGUUCAAGACAACCGAAUAAAAUAUGUGUCCGUAUGCAGAAUCGAACCCGUCAGAAAAGGGGUUUACUUACCUUAGGAUCACCAUUAUAUUUUGGGAGUUCAUCUAAUUGGCGUUUAGUAGGAAUCGGAUCAGGUUUUAAAUCAACGUCAAACACAGAAAUAUCCCCGACGCCAUCUUUGAACAUAGUCGAUUUCUAUCCUUUAUGGAAUAUUUUAGAAUGGUUAAAUAGAACUAUUUCGACUUGAGGAAACAAACAGUAAAAUAAGAAAAAACUACAUAAAACAAACAAUAAUACAAAAAAAGCAAUCAACUCUUUUCUUUCCGUAAAACGAAAUUAAAAUGAAAUGUAAUAAAAUCUAAAAUAAGAUUCUGUAAAAUAAAAUUCUAAAUAUUCUAUAAAAUAUAUGUGACUAUGAUGAAAAAAAAAAACUAUGAAAUUAUAACAAAACAAAAUCGUAACUCGUAACGGUCUUUUAUAGCUUGCUUGUUUCAAUCAUUGGACUGCGGCCAUGCUGGGGCACCACCUUGAAGGGCUUUGAACAAAUUGACCCAACUAGUUAUGUUAUUUUCUUGAAGUUUGUUACCUACUCUGUCAUGUUACCUACUCUGUCGAUGCCCAACCACUAAGUUACAGAGACGUAAACAAAUCAAUACCGGUUGGCAAGCGGUGGAGGAACGAACACACUAAAAAAAUGUAUAUGCAUAUUUAGAGAGAAAUAUAGAUAAAUACGAUGGGCUUCCGUACAGUUUCUGUGUAUCAAGUUCACUCGUAAGGCAUUAGCCUGUCCGAGGCUUGUAGUAUAAAACAAUUGCCCAAGGUGACGCGCAUUGAGACUGAACCCAGAGUCACGUGGUUGCACAACAAGCUUCUUAACGACACAACCACACUUGCUCUUAUAAACAUUAUGAUUGCUUUUUUUUUUUCGGAGUAUUAAACUCAUCCUCAGAGACGAAACAUUUAACUUUAAUAAUAAUAUUUACGUUAUGCUUCAAAUAAUUUCAUCUUCCAUCGUCAUCAGGUGUGUAUUUUUUCCAGGUAUGUACAUAAUAUAUAAUAUAUAGUCCCGAAAUCGAUUCGUAUUAGGUACCUGUAUGUUUACACAAGGAUGAUAAUACUGCUAUCCUUGAGAGACCCUUGUCAUAUGGGCCAUAUAUGCAGAUAAGGCAGCUGAUGAUGAUUGGAGAUGAAGACCUGAUUGAAAAUUCGUGCAGAUGUAAAUACUCAAAGAAAAAAUAAAAUAAAAUAAAAGAGGAAAAGAAAAAUUUUACCUCUAAUGAUGAGGUUAUUGUCUGAAAAGUUAA